AUUCGGGAAAGGCUGAGAGCGGGGAAGAAGCCUGGCCAGGGUCUGAGUAUCAUGUAGCAGGCUAGAUUGAUUACUUUUGAAUGUUAAAAGGAAAGGAGGCAAGGAGGACAUUUGUCUGGGAGUCGGGAGUGCUGCUGUACCGCUGCCACUUUGAUCUCUUUCGGCUAUCUUUUUUUUCUUUUUGUCCUUCACUGUGCUGAGGCAGGGGUCAACUGAAAGACAAACGUGUGGGUCGCUGGCUGGAGAAAGAGAUGGAACAAGUGAUAAGGAGAGGGCUGUAAGGUUUUUAAAGGCGGAGGAUGGGCGGACUGUGUUUUGUCUGUUCCUGGGACCGGCGCCUGAGGAAGUGAAGUGCUACAGAGAUUUUCUGUGUUAGCCAGCCCCCCCUCCUCUUGCCUCUCAUGAGACUUCUACAGUAGAGAGUACAGCCUCUCUCUCCCUUUCCUGCUCUCCUUCAGCCAACUAUACAGAAUGAUGGGCACAGGUGAGCAUGUCUGCAGAUUCGUUUGGCGCCGGGGGCAGCGAUGCCCAGCAGAGCCUACAGUCCUUCUGGCCCCGCGUCAUGGAAGAGAUCAGGAACCUCACGGUGAAGGAUUUCCGCGUGCAGGAGUUGCCUCUCGCCCGAAUCAAGAAAAUCAUGAAGCUGGACGAAGAUGUGAAGAUGAUCAGUGCAGAGGCCCCGGUGCUGUUUGCCAAGGCAGCUCAGAUCUUCAUCACAGAGCUCACACUGAGGGCUUGGAUCCACACUGAAGACAACAAGAGACGCACCCUACAGAGGAAUGACAUUGCCAUGGCGAUAACAAAGUUCGACCAGUUUGACUUCCUCAUCGACAUCGUGCCCCGGGAUGAGCUCAAGCCCCCUAAACGACAGGAGGAGGUGCGUCAGUCAGUGGCCCCAGCAGAGCCGGUUCAGUACUACUUCACCCUGGCUCAGCAGCCAGGUCAGGUCCAAGUGCAGGGUCAGCAGCAGGGCCAGCAGCAGGGCCAGCAGGCCACGGGACAACAGACUACCACCAUCCAGCCUGGACAGAUCAUUAUCGCACAGCCACAGCAAGGACAGGUGCUGCAGGGGGCCACAAUGCAACAGUUACAGCAGGUGCAGGUAGCCCAGUCACAGGGCACACCCAUCACGAGUGCUCCAAUGACCAUGCAGGUUGGAGACCAGCAGGUCCAGAUAGUACAGGCGUCGUCCCAGGGCCAGACCCAGACGGUGCAGUCAGGACAGACCAUGCAGGUCAUGCAGCAGAUCCUCACCAACUCUGCCGAGAUCCAGCAGAUACCAGUGCAGCUGAACACUGGUCAGUUGCAGUACAUCCGGCUGGCACAGCCCGUCUCUGGCACACAGGUGGUUCAGGGACAGAUCCAGACGCUGGGUAACACUCAGCAGGUACAGAUUACACAAACGGAGCAAGGCCAGCAACAAUUCAACCAGUUUACCGACGGACAGCAGUUGUAUCAGAUUCAGCAGGUGACGAUGCCGGCGGGUCAGGACCUCAGCCAGCCAAUGUUCAUCCAGUCCACCAACCAGACGGCCGACGGACAGGUCACCACGCAGGUCAGCGGAGACUGAGGCUCCGGAAGCAUCCGCCUGACCACCAGACCAUCCAACCAUUGAUCCCACCACCUGUUACCAUCCAUAAGGGCAACUGGCUCAAACAGCCAAGGGACCUCCUAGGAUAUGUCCCAAAUGGUACCCUAUUACCUACACACUAUAUAGGGAAUAGGGUGCAAUUUGGGAUGUGCCCUCACGCUCAUUCAAUACAUAUGACAUGAUAAUUACAAGGGACUCUCUGACAACAACAGUUCUUUAUUCAGUACACUGGGUGAGAUACCAAAGGGACUGCCAGACAACUCUCCCUCAUUCCCAUGUCAUAUCAUCUCUCUCUGCCUCCGUUAGUUCCUCCUGGCACCCACACUCACCUGAUACGUUCCCCAGAAAGGCCUCCCCUAAUGCCCAUUCAUGACAGCCACACACAGGGUAUCCAAAUGCUGAAACCUCCAGGACCCAACUUUCCUCCUUUUUAGUGACCAACUCUCUUGUUCUUCCUCAGUGUCUGUCAACCCUUGCUGUAUAAUCUGUAUGUCUUCUGUCUCUCUGUGAAGUACACUGUAUAGGGGUGUCUUAUGUUCUGUCUGCAUCCCAAAUGGCACUGUUCCCUAUCUAAUGUACUCUUUUUGACCACGGUCUAUAUGGCCCUGAUCAAAAGUAGUUCACUAUAUAGGGAAUAGUGCAAUUUGGGAUGAAUCUUAUGGAAGGCUUGGUCCUUGUUUGGUCUACAAGAGAACAUGAAUCAUGGCCUUCUGUUGUAAUGUCUUAAUGUGUAGACUUUAAAAGAAGAAACUAUAAAGCCAUACUCUAAGCUAGUGCACAAUAAUUCAUUGGAAAUUGUAUGAGACUCACACCAGCCUAGAUGGAUCAAUUCAUAGUUUGUUGUUAGUUCCUCUUCGUUUUGUUCACAUUGACGAGACAUGCCAUCAAUGAAAGGGCUUCUAACUGUAUGAUGGAGUUUGUAUUUAGUAUGUAUGACCCUUGUGCGUGUGUGUCCGUCCAUUAUGGUGCAGUAUCUUUUUCCCAUGGCCCAGUGAUCAUACUCACCUCUUCAGUGGCCCUCUUCCAUCUCUCUUUCCUUCCCCCUCCAUCUCUUCAUGAAUCACCACACUGAUCACUAUCAUUCUUAGAGCAGGGAGUGGUUAGGCCUUUCUCUGCCUUUAUAUGCAGUCUCUCCCCUAUCCAGAGAGGUUUUUGGUUCUCCUUCCUUGCCCGUAGAGAAAUACUUCACUGGAGCAAGGACCCCUUUUUAUAGUAUUUUCUUAGUACUGGUUGUAACUUGUCAAGGUUUCUUUUGAAAUGACCAUCCCUCCCUUUUCCUUCCCUUUCUUAUUUGGUAAUGAUCAUUAUCAUAGCUUGUUCUUCUUAUUGUUGUUUUGCAUGUAGUUUAAACUGCCAGCAUGAUAUGCAAUGGAUAGGUACACAUCUUAUUUUUGUUCUAUUUUGUAAGCAAACUUUGGGUUUGUGAGGAAAAAAAUUACAACUAAAUAAAAAAACAAUACAUGCAAUCUU